AUGUCUGAUAGCCAAUAUACUCAAAUUUUUAACAGAAAUUCGGUGGACGACGUUGAUGAUUCAGAUCUCGUCAAUAGUUAUGACAAACAGUAUGAAAAAGUGAAAAAGAAGGCCAAGGCGAAACUACCCCCUAUCGAUUCAAUGUCUGAGCUGUGUUUAAACGAUGGAGAAAGCAGUGAAUCUAUUGUGAAAGACAAACCAAAGAAAAAAGUUAAUGCUAAUAAGAAUCAUCAAACUGAAUCAACAAAUAGAUAUGAGGAUACAGAAAUCCUUUUCCCACCACCCCCACCACCGCCAGACAGUAUAAAAAAUUUACCUAAGACUGAGAGGGAAGCUCUCACAUCAAUGCUGAUGUCAUAUUAUAUGAGUGGAUUUCAUACUGGAUAUUAUCUGGGAAUGAAACAAAAAAAUUCUGAAAACUGA